UGAGCCUUUGGGGCGGGUUUUGGGCCGGGCAGCUCCAGAGGCAGCGAUUUUACAUCGGAAACAAAACAGCAGCUGCUCGGGAGGGAACCUCGGCUGCAAGCGGCCGGCGGCGGCGAGUAAAGGAGUAGGAUUUGACCAACUCUGGGCGACCUGGUAAAAUCCUGGUUCAGACCUAAUCCGGGAGCCUACAAGUGACAGCAGCCUGCGAGGUCCUUAAGAAAGCUUGGCCUGGAGGAGAACACAUGAAAGAAAGAAUCCCAAGGGGCUUUGUUUUCUGUGAAAAGGCAUUUCUGUACAGUUGCUCCAAUGACAGAGUUACCUGCACCCUUGUCCUACUUCCAGAAUGCACAGAUGUCCGAGGACAAUCACCUGAGCAAUACUGUACGUAGCCAGAAUGACAGUAGAGAACGGCAUGAGCACAGCAGCGAAAGGCGGAGGCGCGGCAACCCUGAGCCCGUGUCUAACGGAGGACCUCAGGGUGACACACUGCAGGCAGUGGAACAAGAUGAUGAAGAAGAUGAGGAGCUGACACUGAAAUAUGGCGCCAAACACGUGAUCAUGCUCUUUGUCCCCGUGACUCUCUGUAUGGUGGUAGUGGUGGCCACCAUCAAAUCAGUCAGCUUUUACACCCGGAAGGAUGGGCAGCUACUCUAUACUCCGUUCUCAGAGGAAACAGAGACUGUGGGCCAGAGAGCCCUGCACUCCAUUCUGAAUGCUGCUAUCAUGAUCAGCGUCAUUGUUGUCAUGACUAUUCUCCUGGUGGCUCUAUAUAAAUACAGGUGCUACAAGGUCAUCCAUGCCUGGCUUAUUAUUUCAUCGCUAUUGUUGCUGUUCUUUUUCUCAUUCAUUUAUUUGGGGGAAGUGUUUAAAACCUAUAACGUUGCCAUGGACUACAUUACUGUUGCGCUCCUGAUCUGGAAUUUUGGUGUGGUGGGAAUGAUUGCCAUUCAUUGGAAAGGUCCACUGCGACUCCAGCAGGCAUAUCUCAUUAUGAUCAGUGCCCUCAUGGCCCUGGUGUUUAUCAAGUACCUCCCAGAGUGGACUGCAUGGCUCAUCUUGGCUGUGAUUUCAGUAUAUGAUUUAGUGGCUGUUUUGUGUCCCAAAGGCCCACUUCGUAUGCUGGUUGAAACAGCUCAGGAGAGAAAUGAAACUCUCUUUCCAGCUCUCAUUUACUCCUCAACAAUGGUGUGGUUGGUGAAUAUGGCAAAAGGAGACCCAGAAGCCCAGAGGAAGGUCCCCCGAAGCUCCAAUUAUAAUGUACAGAGCACAGGGAAUGAGCCACAAAACCCUGUGACAGAGAAUGACGAUGGCGGCUUCAGCGACGAGUGGGAAGCCCAGAGGGACAGUCGCCUAGGACCUCAUCACUCUACGACUGAGUCACGAACUGCUGUACAGGGACUUCCGAGCGGCGUUGUAGCCAGUGAGGACCCAGAGGAAAGGGGAGUAAAACUUGGAUUAGGAGAUUUCAUUUUCUACAGUGUUCUGGUCGGUAAGGCUUCCGCAACAGCCAGUGGAGACUGGAACACAACCAUAGCCUGUUUUGUAGCCAUAUUAAUUGGUUUGUGCCUUACGUUAUUACUCCUCGCCAUUUUCAAGAAAGCAUUGCCAGCUCUUCCGAUCUCUAUCACCUUUGGGCUUGUCUUCUACUUUGCCACAGAUUAUCUUGUGCAGCCCUUUAUGGACCAGUUAGCAUUCCAUCAAUUUUAUAUCUAGCAUAUUUGCAAUUAGAAUCCCAUGGAUUUUUCUCCUUUGACUAUAGUAAAAUCUGGGAAGGACAAAGGUGUUUCCCUGUGUCCACUUCUAACAAAGUCAAGAUUCCUGACUGGACUUUUUGCAGCUUCCUUCCAAGUCUUCCUGACCACCUGCACUGUUGGGCACAGGAAGGAGGUGUCUACAGAAAAUGGUUUUAAACAUAUAUCAUCGUGGUGGACUGAAUCCCUCAGUGCAAAACAGCCAGAUUUGAGGGACAAGGACAAGGACAAGUGAUGGGCCAAGAAGUUGCUGUGCUCCCACCAACAUUUUGACCCUUGGUCACAGGCGGAUUGUACCAACACUGCAGACUCUCAGGACUACCAUUACCAAGAGGUUAAAUGAAGUGAUGGAAACCAAACAGGACUCAUCAUCUUAAGCAACAUGUUGAAAAUCAACCUAAUAAAUCUGUAUUGAAUUCUAACCCUUUUCAGGAGGUACUGUAAGAACAGGCACCAGCAGCAAAAUGGAAUUGUGGAAAGGGGCUCAAACUUUCACUUUCAGACUUUUUUGCUGCAGACUUAAUCAUUUUUAAGUAAGAUGUUUUUUUCGCCUUGAGUCAAGUCUGAUGUAUAAGUUGAUUUUGACACUUUUUGUUCUCAAGCACUGAAACUUAUCAUCAUCGAUGGUUGCCAUUUCUUCCCAAGGCCAGUCUGAAUUUAUCUGAGGUUGCUUUAUCUUAAAAGUCUUAACCUUAGUUUCCAAAUUCAGUAAUUUCUGGAAAUAGUGGAACUCUAGCUCAACGAUUCCCUAUCACCAUUAGGUAAAUUCUGGAUUUACCAUCAAAUUCCUAACUUUUAGACGUUCUUGUAGGUUCACUUGUCCCCGAUGCCUCUGUGUUCUCCGUCUCUCCCUUCACUCCCCUCAAGCCUUCCUUUUACACAGCAAAUAAGACAGCUCGGUUGUGAUAGCAGAUGAUAACGGUUCUUCUAGGAUUUUACCUUGUGUGGUGCAAAGAAUGUGUGAUGAAUCAGUGCUAUCAGCCUCACUGUCGUCAUUUCUUCAAUAGCAAAUACUGUGUGCGCCCAAAGACAGUAGCAUUAAAGAAGAGUAAAAUGGCUGGUGAAGCACUUUCUGUCCUGGUUUUUCUUUUUUUACUACAACCUAUUCGGCAGUAGGUCAGAAUUCCAACCAAUAGCCAAAAGCUGGUGGUUUAUAAAGUUUAUGGAUCAGUGGUACGAGCACAAAGCAAGAGUUUGGAGAAAGCCAUGAUGUCCCUUGGUGAGCUGUGGAAGAACCUCGGAUCGGGGAGAACCAGCUACCAAGAGAAGAAAGAGGGAUCCCCAGCAGUCUUGGGACAAAAUGAGCUAAUGUCCCAUGGGCACAUGUUAAGGCGGAGAUCCAAGUUGUUGCUCAAGAACCUCUCAGUGGGUGUUUGGUGGUUUCCCUUCUGCAUUACCUUUUCUUUCAGUGUACCUCUGUGUGAACUGGGCAGUGGCAUUCAGGCUCUAUGCAGCUCAGCUGGACAAUGCACAUAAACAGAGCCAGCAGCCCACGGGCACACCCCUCUAAAGGAAGCUGUGCCAGGGCACAACCCGUCUUUGCCCCACACAGCCUUCCGCCGUGGUGAUCUGACUGGAAGGACUGGUGAGGAACUUAGCUCCCGCUGUGGCUGAACAAAGACUAGCGUUUCUCCUCCUCCCGCCUUCUCUCAGCCUGCUCUGCCAUCUGGUUUGGGGUUCUCCGUAGAGUUUAGGAUACCUGUUCUCUGUUAUGGACUAUUUCUUAGAAACUAAGUGUAGGAGCGUUGUGCUGGUGCUAACCUGAGUGUAAGUAAAAACUGGCUCCUGUUAGGCAGUUGAGAACGGUAGGAAAAGUAAGCUGUGCAAAGAAAGAGCAGUAGUAGUAGUUUCUCUCGUCUCUUUUUUGUUGUUUAGCCCCUUUUUUCCAAGCUUCCCCCUUUUUCUCCUCAACAUGUGGCAGUGUAAGUAUUAUCUUCUAGAAAGACAUGUGAUUCAACAGCUACAACAAAGCCACCUGAACACCAAUUUAUGAUUUGAAGCAGUCUCGAGGGAGCCCUAUCUAGAGUACUUAGUGUUAGGGUCCCAAAUGUGCUGUAGCUUUCAUGAAAGGCUCAUGAAGAGGAUAUGUGGUGUGUGUGUGUGUGUGUGUGUGUGUGUGUGUGUGUGUGUGUGUGUGUGUGUGUUUAAAUCCACCCUACGUGUUAUUGUCCCACGUAGAAAGACUGCAAUAAAUCUGUCACUUUCUACAAGAUGGAACCACAUCUCAGCAUAGACAGAGAACACAUCUUAUUUCUUUAAAUCACCAAUCUCAGAUGCAGAACUUUUUCUUCAAAUCUUCUUAGAAUCCAUACAGUUGUCUCUGAAGUAUCAAAAUGCUAGCGUUCCACCAUGAAAAAUCACUGUCACCAGAGAAAAUAGUAGCAGUUCCACUGAGGAGGUCCACUGUUGAUUUCCCACAGGCCAGGGGGUGGCCCAGGCAACACAAACGGUAAAGAAACCACAAGCAGCCAAGCCAAUCUGCUCAAUUAGAACGAGGAAAAAAACUAGGAAAAACCGACCGCUGACGUCUGGGUCUGACUGGCCUACAGAGUAAAGAGCAUUUAUAUACAGAAUGUGGCUGCAAACUAGCCUGUGGAAGUACCAGCCAUAUUUGGAAGAUUUGUAGUGUUUUCAAAGAAGAAAGGCUCACUUGCCUGUUUUUGAUUCUCACUAGGUUAGUGUGUAGUCUUAGGAUCAAUUACAGCUCUCACUGACUAAAUUUCUUGAUCAGAAAAAAAUAGCCUUUUAAGUAAGUUGAAAUAUUCAUAAGUGAGCAAAUUAUUGAUUUCACUAUAGAAGCAACAACUAAAGAGGUGGUGUUUUUACUUUUAAAUUCCUAGAUCCCCAUUUUUAAAAAAUCCCUUGGUUAUGAAAACCCUUCUUCCAUAAUGGAUGCUUGAACAAAUAAUAUGUUUAGUACUUGUUCUCAAAAUACCUUAUAUAUAUAUAGUCUUGAUUAUAAUUCUUAGAGUGUGAGACAGAAGUUAAGCUGCCACAUAAGACCCUCCAGGGUCAGGUGUCUCAAGGAAGCUCCUGAUCCUGACCUCCAGUGCCCAGCCGUGCACGUUUCCCCAUUGACGAGCCAGUCCUGGAAGAAGUUCAGAAACCACUAUGAAAAGAUUUGUUCAAUGUCUUCCAUGGUGUGGAGCCUAAAGAUGUAAGGAUGCAUAAGAUCUGUCCUCAGAAUGCAGCUGUUGUCUUGUUUUCUGCAUAUGCCAUCUUUAACGUCUCUAAAAUAUUGGGUACUUAUCAAUUACGCCUUUCAGUUACUGUUAUUAAAAUUGAUGUUAUCAUACUGACUUGAUUUUUCCAGAAACCCAUUCUUUCAGUCAAGUACUCCUUUUUCUCUAAAUUUGCUUUUGAGUAGUUUAUACAGAACAGUCGACCUGCCAUUCUCACCUCCAAGGGUAUCCUGUAUGCCGAGUUUGGGAAGAGACUUGAAAAAUGGACAUUUGGUUUUGCCCCGGGGUAAAACAAUAUCACUAUUGUAAGUUGGAGCCCAGAAGUGAUCUUUGUGAUCGUCUCACCUU